GCAAUUGAGGUCUGAAAUUCGGAGCUAUCCCUUCAGUUCUCUGAUUGUUGCUGGGAUUUCACCAAAAAACUUGUUGUUAAUCUAAUCAAUUGACACUAAAGUGGAAGCCUCUGACAUUUCCAACAGCAAAUCGCCUAACAAUUUGUUACCCAGUGCCUUUACUCUUCCAAUAUAAGAGGAGGAACCCUUUUAGACUGCAGUGAGCUCCUUGUCAACGAUGAGAGGGAAGACUGAAAGAUGGCGAAGAAGAUAAGAAGAGAUGUGAAAUUAGUUUUUUACCCUCAAAUUUAACAGCUUAUGGAUGACAUUUUAACGGAGGACCAAAUUGGUUGAGUUCUUGGGAGAUGGGUUGGAAGUACCAAGCUGGUUUAGUUGUGAUUGCCAUUUUUGUGUUCAUAUGGGUUGCUUCUGCUGAGACUACUCAGAAAAUCUUUUUAGAGUAUAAACAGCCUUUUGCAAUAACAUAUCUUGGGAUCUCUCUUAUGGUGAUCUACUUGCCCAUAGCACUUUGUAAGGAUUGGAUUAGCAGAUUAUUGGGCAUGAAAUCAUUCAGAAAACUUCACAGUGAUAAUAAUCCUCUCUUGGACUCAUCAAUCCUACAUAUUCCCCUUAGAAUGAAUGAAAUUGAACAGCACUUUGAAGAGAACUUGAGAAGUUACUGUGAGAAAGACACAAAUUUAGAAGAAGGAAAUCCAGUGAUGUGUAAAAUCCAAGAUAAUAAGUGCCAAGGACUUAGCAAACUGGAAGUUAUUAGGUGCAGUUUAUAUCUUGCUCCCAUAUGGUUUAUAACCGAGUAUUUGUCGAACUCUGCCCUGGCUAAUACAAGUGUUGCAAGUACCACCGUUUUGACUUCUACAUCGGCGCUCUUCACGCUCUUCUUUGGAGUACUGCUCGGGCAGGACUCAAUAAAUACUGCAAAAUUUAUUGCUGUUGCGUUAAGUAUGACUGGUGUUGCAAUGACCACUGUUGGGAAAACGUGGGCGUCUGAUGAAAUUCUGAGCGUAUCUGAGGAAAGAAGGCAUUGUAUUAUUGGGGAUGCUUAUGGUCUUCUCUCAGCAGCAUCUUAUGGGCUAUUCACAGUGUUGCUCAAGAAAGCCGCGGGAUCAGAGGGAGAAAAGGUAGAUGUGCAGAGGAUUUUUGGAUAUAUUGGACUUUUUACUCUCCUUGGCAUUUGGUGGCUUGUAUGGCCAUUAUAUGUUCUCGGGAUAGAACCUAAUAAGUUCAGUUUCCCAAAUAGUGCUUCUGUUGCCCAAGUCCUGCUACUGAAUGGCUUUGUUGGAAGCGUUAUUGCAGACUAUUUAUGGGCACUGUCUGUAAUUUGGACAACUCCGCUAGUAGCAACUCUAGGCAUAUCCUUGACCAUACCUUUGGCUAUGUUAGCAGACAUGGUAGUCCACGGGCGCCACUAUUCUCCAGUCUACAUUCUAGGAUGCAUUCAGGUUUUUGCCGGAUUUGUUAUGGCUAACCUUCAUACCAAGCCUUCCACUGAAGGUUAAUAUUCGAGCUGGAAAAAAUCGAUUGAACCUCUUGUGUGUAUGUGUGUGUACUGGAGGAUCUAAAAAUGACUGAUAAAAUUUAUUGUGAGUUUUUGUAUUUGGAACAAAUGGAAGAAACUAGUGUCAACCUGGUCAUUAUUAUUUCCACCAUAUUUUGGCUUAUCAUUCUUGGAUUCUUCUGGUGCUAACUUUUGCAAAUUGCAAAACUAUGUUAUUAUUGAUAAUGGAUCUCUAGCGUUACAUUA